AGAGCACGAAUUUAUGUUUAAACGUGUUAGCAAGGGUAUUGUGAACGCAGGAUGGUCUUCGUUUUUAUUGAUUAGUUAAAGUGAUUUUUAAAAAGUCUUUAAUCGUCGUUGAUUAAAGAGAUAACUGUGUUUGGAGCUAACAGGUUUUCUGUUUUGCUACUUCAGCAGAACAUGACUGGAAGCCAACGCAGUAUGAGAAGCUCUAUGAGUUCCAAAUCAGAAAGUGUUCGAAAUAGCCCUUUUGAGAGCCUGGGGAAUGUUCGUAAUCAAAUGUUCAACACUCCCAUGCCAAAAUUUCUGAAAGAGCGGCUGUCAGUGAACUUUGUCUAUCCUUUGGAAAAGAAAUACGAAUGUCCUUCAUGUGAUGAAGUUUUACGUUAUCCAGUUGUGUUUGAAGAAUGUGGUCAUCGUGUUUGUUACCAUUGCUUUGAAACCAAAAUUAAAAGGUCAGACAACGGUCGAUGCCCUGUUGAUCGUGGGAAAAUUGAUGUCGAAUCGGCAACCAUUGACAAAGAUUUCAAUAAAGAAAUUUUAGCUUUGGAUGUAAAAUGCUCGAACCACGAAUGGGGAUGUAAGUGGGAAGGUGAAUAUCAACAGAUACAGGAACAUAUGGAAAACUGUGAUUAUGAGGAUAUUUUAUGUCCCAAUGACUGUGGCGCCAAGUUUCAGAGACGUUUCCUGCAAAAACAUCUUGACAAAGAUUGCCUUAAAAAGAUCAUUGCUUGUCCUUACUGUGACGACAGGUUCUAUCGUGAAGAAAAAAAGGAACAUAAUCAAAAUUGUCCAAAGUUUCCACUCUCUUGUCCAAACAAAUGCGACAAAACCUUAAGUAUACCACGUGACGAGUUGGAUAAACAUAUCGAAGAGGUUUGUCCAAAGACGAAAGUUCCCUGUGAAUAUGAAGAUAUUGGCUGUGAAUAUAAGUGCUCGCGUGAGAAGUUACCAAAACUUAAAAAUAACAUCAUCAAUCAUGUAAGACUUAUUUACCAAUUGGCAGUCGACAACAAGGAACGUUUGACGAAACACGAGCAAGAAUUUGCGAACAUUUCAGGAAUGUUCGCCGAUGUCGACCGACGCAUUGGUGAUCUGGAACGAAUUGCACACAACGCAAUGAUUUGGCGAAUUGAAGACUACGCCAGGAAAUUAAAAAAUAGCAAAUCCGGACAAGUUAGCACUCUUUUCAGUCCUACAUUUACAACAAGCAAACAUGGUUAUCGGUUGUGUGCUUCAGUAUGUCUAAAUGGUGAUGGUAAAGGAAAAGGAACGCAUAUGUCCAUCUUUAUCAGUGUGUUAAAAGGUGCAUAUGAUUCCUUACUAAAAUGGCCCUUCAAUUAUCGAGUGACAUUUUAUCUUCUUGAUCAACACGAAAAUCCUAAGGAACGUGAACACGUGACUUUCAGCAUCAAGCCAAAUCCUUGUCCAGAGAACGAACCAUUUCUUGGCAGACCAAAAAUGGAAAAGAAUGCUAGUUUUGGUGGUGCAAAGUUUGUUCGUCAUGAUGCAAUAGAGACGAGAAAUUAUCUGGUAAAUGAUACCAUAUUUAUUAAAGUUAUUGUCGAUUGUGAUGGGAUGAGGAAAGUUUUGUCAAAAGCUUACGGGCAUUUACUGGCUGUUUGUAAGUAUUCACGUUGUCAUUUAGCUUUUCCAAAGAUGCCAGGAAUUGAUGCCAAUUUUUGUAGUCCGCUAAAGGAGAGUUUACUCUGUGGUCUGUGUGGAUUGCCAUUGCGAAGGCCUGUUCAGAUAUCGCUUUGUGGCCAUCGUUUUUGUGAAUCUUGUCUGAACGAUUAUUUUGAACCGCUGAGUGACGACCAGGAGUUAAGGUGUCCUGCUGAUCAACUUGUCAUCAAGCAUUCUCAGGUUUAUCUUGACGAGUCUUCGGGGAAGAAGAUUCAGUCUUUAAACGUCUUUUGUCGAUAUGUCAUUGAAGGUUGCCACUGGAAAGGACCACUAAAGAAACUGAAGACGCAUUUAACGACCUGUGAAUACACACCAGUACACUGUGAUAAGUGUGGAGCUCAAGUAAUGCGCAGUCGACUUGAAGAACACUUACGAAACUUGUGCACAAAAAGUAAAGUGUCACGUGCCAGUCGUGAUAAUGAGAUUCCACGCGAAGAUUACGAGGAAAAUUCUCGUUCGGGUGGAAAAAAUAAAGCGAGCAGCUCAACCGCUAGUAGAUUGCGUCAACACAUCAAAAACCUUGGACGAUCAAAAUUAGACUUGCAUUCGUUCAACAGUCACUCGUCCUGGGAUCAACCACCAUUGCGCGCUACGUCAGUGCCAGCUCAGCUAAACUUUGUUGGUCGUAGUGAUGCAUCUCAAAGGACAUCUGAAGAAUGGCAUGGUACAUCAGCUGGCAGAAGGCGUAAUCGUCGUAAUCGUCGCUUGUCAAUUGAUCGCAGCCAGAUUGUUCAAGAAUCUUUACAAGAAGAAGAACAAAUAAGCGAUCUUCCUGAUUCAUCAGUGAGAGCCCAACCUGGACGGUUGCGUCGUCGAUCAGAGUUUGGUAGUCAGGUGGUGUACAUGGGAUCGUCAGACACGCCUCGUACCCAACCCAAUGCUGAGCGCUUCACAUGUGUUUGUGGUGCUUUGUUAACGAAUGAAGAAAUAACUUUACAUAUGUCUGAGGAAUGUCCUAAACGACUGACUUUGUGUCAAUACUGUCAAAAACAAGUUGGACAUGCGGAACUCCAGGAACAUCUUCGUGAAUGUCCCAGAUUUCCUUUGAGCUGUCCAAACAAUUGUGGUGUGCGUCAAAUUCCAAGAGAAGAUAUUAAUCGUCACGUAACUUACGAAUGUUCUGCCAUUUUGGAAGAUUGUCCAUUCAAAUUUGCUGGCUGUAGCUACAAGUGCCCGCGACCGAAUAUGAACCGUCAUUUGGAAGAUAAUUUAAAGGAACAUUUGAAUUUGAUGUGCAAACUAUCCUUGAAACAAUCAAAAGAGAUCAACGAGCUUCAAGCAAUUGUGAAACAUUGUAAGCCUUUUAAUCAAGGAGAAUUGCUGUGGAAGAUUGAUCAAUUUUCUGCCUGUCUGGAAACAGCGAAAGAAAUAAGCGGUUAUGAAAUACACAGUCCACCUUUCUACACAGAUCAGUACGGGUAUAAAUUUAUGAUUGUUGCCUUCCCGAAUGGCAACGGGAGCGGUGAAGGUAGUCAUCUAUCGCUUUACGUUCGUUUACUUGUCGGAGAGUAUGAUUCACUUUUGAAAUGGCCGUUCCUUGGAGAUAUUUCUCUUACAUUGAUUGAGCAAUCAUCGGACACCAUGAAACAACGUCAUAUCCGGCAGAAUUUUUCCCCAGAUCCCAAAUGGACAAGUUUCCAUCGACCAAAGAAAAAUGCCAGCAUCCCCGGCUUUGGUUAUCCGCAGUUUGCUUCUCACGAGACGUUGCAUGCUAAUAACUACAUCGUUGAUGACGCCAUUUUUAUUCGAGCUACGGUCGAGCUGCCUCAGAUCAUUGAUGCAUAACCUCGCAAUUUUGCACUUUCCGCUUUAAUUCACAAUGAACCCAGCUCUGAUGAAGCUUAGUGGAGGUCUAGAGAUUUUAAAAAUCAUAUGGAAAUCAUACUUUUAUGUAAGAAAUAGUGUUGAUUUUAGAACUGAGUAAGUGCUGAUGGUGUUUAAACUUCUGGCCUGCAUUGUAUUUUUGUCAGGAACUAUUUUGUUGGUCUUUUAUAUACGGUUGGUUUUUAUACGGUCCAAGUUUGUGUGUGAAUGUUAAUAACAACGUAAUGUUAGCUUUUUUGAUGCUCAGGAAAUUUAUACAUUAAAAUACUAAAUUUCACUUUAUGUUAGAAAAUUAAUUUGAACGAGAUGCCUGCCAGGCGUUCUGCGCAUGCGCCUGGUGAAACCAAAUCACAAUUUAUUCAAGCUUAUUCAAGAAAUCUCUCGCGAGGAAAUUGUACAUAACAAUUAUAAAGUUUAAAGUGACAGCUUCCUAAGAGUUUAUAUAUUAAAAUGGGGUAAUUGUUAUAGAAA